AUGAAACCAAAAAAUGUAACUAAAAACAAUGAAAAGGAUAUAUUGGGGGAUAUAUAUUAUAAUCGAAAUCCAAUGUUUUGUGUCACAUCAAAGUUGAAAAAAAGAUCUAAAAUUGGUGAUAAAGUGCGAAUGAGUAAAUAUAAAAAAAUUUUCGAAAAAGGCUACACUCCCAAUUGGACAACUGAAGUUUUUACAAUCACAAAAGUAUUGAAUACAAUACCGAUAACUUACAAGCUUGCUGACUAUCAAGAUAACAAUGUUGAAGGAUGUUUUUAUCAAGAAGAACUGAGUCCAGUACGCUAUCCAGAUAUAUAUCUUGUUGGAAAAAUUUUAAAAAAACGUAAAAAUAAAGUACUUGUAAGAUGGUUAGGUUUCGAUUCUGAACAUGAUACAUGGGAAAAUGAAUCAGAAUUAUGA